CAUCAUGGUGCAGGCAAAUUGUAAGGCAUGACAGCUUCAUCUCAUUGACCCCGGCCAUUGAACCACACUCACAAAUCCUCAAAAUGAGCUCCACCCCGACCAUCGGCCUCCUCGGCGGAGGCCAGCUGGGCAUGAUGCUCUGUGAAAGUGCCGCUCCUCUCAACGUCCCCAUCGCCGUCUUGGAUGCCGAGAACGCCCCCGCCAAGCAGAUCAACAGCAACGAGUACCAUAUCACCGGGUCCUUCAAGGACCCCGUCAAGAUCAGAGAGCUGGCCGCGAAUUGCGACGUCCUCACAGUUGAGGUUGAGCACAUCGACACCCAGGUCCUCGAGGAGAUUGCCACCCACGGCGUGCAAGUGUCCGCCGCCGAUGGCUCCUCCACCACCAAGAAGGUCGCCGUCCACCCCUCCUGGAAGACCCUCCGCCUCAUCCAGAACAAGUAUGAGCAGAAGGAGUACUUCGCCCAGCAGGGCAUCCCCAUUGCUGAGCAGUUGCCGCUUGAGUCUGGCGAUGCCAUGCUUGCCUCGAUGAAGGAGGCGUCUGCCAAAUUCGGGUUCCCUUGGAUGCUCAAGUCGAGGAAGGACUCUUACGACGGACGAGGAAAUCUCAAGAUCUCAAGCGAGGCAGACCUGGAGCAGGCCGUCGCUGAAUUCGGCAACCUGUCUUGCUAUGCCGAGAAGUGGGUGCCCUUUGAGAUUGAGCUCUCAGUCAUGGUCAUCCGCACUGAGGACGACGACGGCAACACCAAGCGCCUGCUCCCUUACCCAGCUGUGGAGACAGUCCACGAGGAGAAUAUCUGCUCACGUGUCUUCAUGCCCCCGCGAAGUGUCUCUGCGGAGGUUUCCAAGAAGGCUCAGGAGGUUGCCUGCAGUGUCGUCGAGAAGCUCUGGGGCCGAGGUGUCUUUGCUGUCGAGAUGUUCUUGACCAAGGAUGGCAGCGUCAUUGUCAACGAGACCGCCCCUAGGCCGCACAACAGCGGGCACCACUUGAUUGAGGCCGUCCCGUAUAUGUCCCAGUACAAGGCGCAGCUUACUGCUAUUCUGGACGGGCCUCUUCCUGAGGAGCUGCAGCCCCACGUUUCUUCCAGCAUCAUGAUCAACAUCCUGGGCGGCGCCAAUGCGGAUUCCCACCUCCCACUUGUCGAAAAGGCCAAGUCAAUGUUCGCCAAGAACAUGGCUGUCUACCUUCACCUCUACGGAAAGGAGUCCAAGCCCAGCAGGAAGAUUGGCCACAUCACUCUGACCGGCCUCGGCUCCAUUACCGAGCUGGAGGAGUUUGCUCAGCCCCUCGUCAAGAUCGCCGAAGAGAUCCGACAAGAGCGUCUCCAAGCUUCAAGCAAAGCCCUGCGCCCUCAGCAAGCCCCUGCCACUCCCACCACGGGAAAGGCCAAGCCGUUGGUGCUCGUCACCAUGGGCUCCGACUCUGAUCUGCCAGUUGUAAAGGCUGGUAUCGACAUUCUGAACCAGUUUGGUGUCCCGUGGGAAGUGGACAUCACCUCAGCUCACCGAACCCCUGAGAAGAUGGGCCAAGUAGCAACCGAUGCCGAUGCUCGAGGCAUCAAGGCCAUCAUCGCGGCCGCUGGCGGUGCAGCCCAUCUGGCUGGAAUGAUGGCAGCUUACACCCCGUUGCCUGUUAUUGCAAUUCCUGUCAAAGCCACCCACCUCGACGGUAUGGAUAGCUUGUUGAGCAUGGUCCAGAUGCCGCGAGGCGUACCAACAGCCACCGUGGCGAUCAACAACUCCACCAAUGCAGCACUCCUCGCCAUUAGAAUCUUGGGAGCGUUCAUGCCCGAGUAUCUUGAGAAGAUGAAGGCGUAUCAGCUAGAGAUGAAGAAUCAGGUCCUUGAAAAGGCCCACCGGCUGAGGGGGAUGGAUGUCGAGGCCUACCUCGCCCAGAUGAAGAAAUAAGCCUGGAUAAUACACCAGAGAUGGAAAUGAAUAGAAACGGAAGCACGCAACAUUAGAAUAGAUGGUCAUUUUUGGGCCGUUUGAUGAAUAUAUCCCCCCAGUUACACGACG